CUCUCCACCUUGUUAACAUAACAUAACAUUGUUGCCUCACAAGACAGGAAAUAAACACAACCACAGUUAAGAAAGCCAAAAAUUUCUCCAUCAUUUUGCACAUACCUCUCUGGGAUUCCUUUUUUUAUUAAAGAUUGUUCCUUUGUACCUCACAUAUUUAUAAACACAUGCUGCCCUCUCCAACCUCCAUAUGCUAACUGCUUCUCUAUAUACAAUAGAGAGUUUCUUCCAAUUCCAAACUGAAUUGAAUUUCUGUAAAUUAAAAUCAAUCUAUGCACCACAGUUUUUGGAGAAGUUAGAAGAAAGAACUUCUAUAUAAGUUAAGCAUAUAAUUUGAUUUUAACUUACAAGAGAAGCUCAAUUCAAUUUAGCUUAUGAGAGAAACUCAAUUCAUUUUAUCUUCUUUUCUUCUGUAAUUAAGUGGUUAUGAAGAAAUUUAUUCAACCAGGACUUCAGUAUCAAACUUAUGUGAGACAGAUCUUCUCCUAACAUAUUGCAGUGCUUGGGCUUCCAUCCGAGUGUGCUGUUUGGUGUCUCUUAUGAUGCAAAAGGCCAAAGAGAUAUUGAACUUGCAAUAGUACUUUCAUGCUCGGCGAGAUGGAGAAUGAUUCUAUAGAGGACAUGGACAUUGAAGCCCUUCCUUCAAUGUGGCCUCAAGAUAUUGGAACCGAGGUUGGGAAGCAGUUUAAUAUAGAAAAGGCUGGAAGGGACCAAGACAUGUUAGAGGAGGUUACAAUCAUAGAGGAGCCAACUAUAGUUGAUUUCAAGCGUCUCAUGGAGCUUACAGAUUUUACAGAAAAGGGCUCUUCUCAGUUGGCAUAUCUAAUGAAGCAAUGGGAGUACAAACAGGCCAGUGUCGUGCGUCUUCUCAGAGAAGAACUUGACAACCUAAGCAAGCAAAGGCAGGAUGCUGAGCUCAGGAAGUUGGAGAUAUUGGAAGAGCAUCGAUUCGAGGAAGAACAAUAUGGGGGAGAUAAGCGUCCAGUUUCUAUAUUGGAUGAAGUUUAUGAUGGUAUAUGGCAAGAUAUACCUUGCAGGAAAAGUGAUGUUGUGGUUCAAAACAAGAGGAGUGAGAUUGAUGUUGAGUAUGACACUGUCAUGUACUGGAAACAGCGAGCGUUGCAUUCAGAGAAGCAGCUGGAGGCAAGUAUCCAAAGAGAAGAGAUACUUGAAGAAAAGUUGCAUGAAAGAAUAGCAAACAUUGAAAGGCAGUCCUCUCCUGUGGAAGAACUCUCCCAGAUCCUGAAGAGAGCAGAUAAUUUCUUGCAUUUUAUACUCCAAAAUGCACCUGUUGUUAUUGGCCAUCAGGACAAAGAGUUGCGCUAUUGCUUUAUCUAUAAUCAUUUUCCAAGUUUACACGAGGAGGAUAUCAUAGGAAAAACCGAUGUUGAAAUAUUCACGGGAGCUGGUGUUAAGGAAGCUCAAGAAUUUAAGAGAGAAGUUUUGGAAAAAGGACUACCUGCAAAAAGGGAAAUCACUUUUGAGACAGAACUAUUUGGGUCAAAGACAUUUUUGAUAUAUGUAGAGCCUGUGUUUAGCAAAGCAGGGGAGACAAUUGGAAUAAAUUACAUGGGAAUGGAUAUAACAGAUCAGGUGAGAAAAAGAGAAAGGAUGGCAAAGAUUCGGGAAGAGAUUGCUGUUCAGAAAGCCAAGGAAACAGAACUGAAUAAAACCAUUCACAUUACAGAGGAGACUAUGCGAGCAAAACAAAUGUUGGCAACAAUGUCUCAUGAGAUAAGAUCUCCAUUGUCUGGGGUUGUUAGCAUGGCUGAAAUUCUUUCUAACACAAAACUCGAUUGGGAGCAAAGACAACUCCUGGAUGUCAUGCUAUCUUCGGGAGAUUUGGUUCUUCAAAUUAUAAAUGACAUACUUGAUCUUUCCAAGGUCGAGUCAGGAGUGAUGAAAUUGGAAGCUACAAAAUUCCGGCCAAGAGAGGUAGUCAAGCAUGUACUCCAGACCGCUGUGGUUUCAUUGCAGAAAAUAUUAACCUUAGAAGGACAUGUAGCAGAUGAUGUACCUAUUGAGGUCAUUGGUGAUGUUUUAAGGAUGCGGCAAAUUCUCACAAAUUUAAUUAGCAAUGCCAUCAAGUUUACCCAUGAAGGCAGAGUUGGAAUAAACCUUUACGUUGUGUCAAAGCCUAAUUUUGCAAAAGCAGAAGCAAUGAAUGGAGACACUGAGGAGCAACCUUAUUCAGCUGAAACAACGGUGUGGAUACGUUGUGAUGUAUAUGACACAGGCAUAGGAAUACCAGAAGAUGCUAUACCAACCUUAUUUAAAAGGUACAUGCAAGUCAGUGCAGACCACACUCGAAAGUAUGGUGGCACAGGGCUAGGACUAGCAAUAUGCAAACAACUGGUUGAGUUGAUGGGGGGUCAACUAACAGUUUCUAGCAAAGAACACUAUGGUUCUACUUUCACUUUCAUUCUUCCAUACAAGGUUUCAAUCGCUUGUGAUCAUUCUGAUGAUCCGGAUGAGCUUUCUGAUUUGGAGAAUAAUGAUGUCGCAUCUGAUGAUACAAUAGAGAGUUUCUUCCAAUACCAACCACACACUUUGGGCUCUCUUUUCUCUUCUAAUGGAUCUAGCAGGACACAGAAGUUAUUAACACACAAAAUUGGCUACACCAGCUCACAUAAACUUGGUGGAUUUUCUGAGAGUUUAUAUUCAAAAGGGACAUGUUCAGUUGAUGAUGCAUCUUCUGUGGUUGAUGCUCCGGAGACGUCUGAAUUGGCUAGUUCAUCUGGUCACAGCCUAGAAACAAAGAACAAAAGUUUGGUUAGAAGAGAUAAACAGCAUCAAGAUAAGGCUCGUGCUUGGUCCUUUAAUGGUUAUGCAGAUUCCUCUGAAGUUACUGUGUCAAACGGAGAAAUGGCUGGAGCAACAAAGUCAAGUGAACCCCAACAAACAUGUCAGGGUCAAGGGAAGGCAAACACAACUACUCAAUGUGUUACAAGCAGCAGCACAUCAGAAGUAACCAAAUCCACAAUAAAGCCUAAGAUCCUUCUUGUUGAAGAUAACAAGAUUAAUGUCAUGGUGACACAGUCCAUGAUGAAGCAAUUAGGCCAUAGCAUAGAUGUUGUGAACAAUGGAGUGGAAGCAGUACGUGCAGUUCAGCGCCACACUUAUGACCUGAUUCUGAUGGAUGUCUGCAUGCCAGUUAUGGAUGGUCUUCAGGAAACAAAACUGAUUCGGACUUUUGAGGAAACAGGCAAUUGUGAUGCUGCAAGAAGUUCGGGAAUUGAGGAAAGUCUACCAGAUCCAGAUUAUGAAUGUUAUGUACCAUUUACAAAGCGGGUCCCCAUUGUUGCGAUGACAGCAAAUGCUUUGUCAGAGAGUGCUGAAGAGUGUUUUGCAAAUGGUAUGGACUCAUUUGUGUCAAAACCUGUGACUUUCCAAAAACUGAAAGAAUGUAUUGAACAAUACCUUGUAAAUUUCAGCUAGUG